CCGGGUUUGAAGUGGGAAGAUAAACACCACAUGCGGAAGCCGCCCGAAACCUAAACCUCCCAAGAUUCACUCGCCAUGGCCGCCGUCGCCGCUGCUCGCAAUCGUCUCCUUAACCACCUGCGAUACCGCUCCUUCUCCUCCGCGUCGGCCAUCCUCAACCCGUCCGAUCCUUCUGCCGUGCUUACCAGCAAGCAGAAGUCCCGCGCCGCCCUCGCCCUGCUCAAGUCCGAGACCGACCCCUCACGCAUCAUCGAUAUCUGCCGCGCCGCCGCUCUUUCCCCCUCCUCAUCCCACCUCGAUCGUGUCGCUCUCUCCAACGCCGUCUCCGCCCUUGCCGACUCCCGUUCCUUCUCCCAUGUCCGUUCCCUCCUCGACUCCCUUCCGCGCUCCGACCUCCCCCACUCCAUUGUCCUCUUUGGCCAGGCUGGCAUGCUCGAGGACGCCAUCCGCACCUUCCGCGGAUCGAACUCCUCUUCCGUCCGCACCCUCAACGCCCUUCUCUUCGCCUGCAUCCUCGCCGGCCGCCACGACGAGGUGGGCCGGAUCUUCCGUGAGUUCCCCGGAACCCAUGGUAUUGCCUCCAAUGUAGAGACCUACAAUACCGUCGUCAAGGCCUUUUGCGAGUCUGGCACCUCCCGAUCCUUCUAUUCCGUCCUCGAUGAGAUGUGCCGCGCCGGGAUCAAGCCCAACAUGACCACCUUCUGCACCGCCCUCGCUGGGUUCUACAAGGAGGAGCGGUUCGACGACGUUGACAAGGUCUUGGAGCUAAUGAAAAAACACGACUGCCACCCCGGGCUCAGCGCCUACAACGUGAGGAUCCAAAGCCUCUGCAAGCUCAAGCGCCCGGGAGAUGCGAAGGCACUUUUCAAGGAGAUGAUGACCAAGGGAAUGAAGCCAAAUUGGGUCACGUUUAACCACUUGAUAUUUGGGUUCUGCAAACAAGGCGACUUGGAGGAGGCCAAGAAGUUCUACAGGCAGAUGAGGGGUCGAGGGUGCGUUCCAGAUAGCAGCUGUUACUUCACUUUUAUAUACUACCUCUGCGAAGGCGGGGACUUUGAGGCGGCGCUGUCGGUGUGCAAAGAGACCAUGGCGAAGAACUGGGUCCCGUGCUUCUCAACUAUGAAGAUGCUUGUGAAAGGGCUUCUGAGCAAUUCAAAGGUCGAGGAGGCACGGGAGAUCAUGGAGAGGGUGAAGGAGAAGUUCUCGGGCAACUCAGAUAUGUGGAAGGAAGUGGAAGAAGCAUUGCCUCAGUAGUCUCAAGGAAGAAAUGAUAAGUGGAGUUCCCAUGGGUUGCACAAGUCAAGCUUCUUUCAAUAAUUUGACAGUAUUCAUUUCCAAGUAUUUACUUGUCAGCAGAUAAGCUCUACGGGUUCAUAAGGUUUUCAGUUGCAUCUACUUUGUAUGCUUUGUUCCUAGAUCUGUCUUCAGGACCAAGUCCAGUGAUUGAGAUGUUUUGUUUUUUUUAUCGAAAUUUUAGCAUGUCACUGGGACCUAUGACGCAUGGCUAGGUUGUAUCACUGGAAUGUUGGACUAGACAAAAAAUAUAUAUAUGUUUGUUUUUACAGUAA